AUGCACAAAAGCAAUGUCCGUGUUGCGGUCACCCAGUCCGAGCCUGCCUGGAUAGAUCUCGCUACCGGCGUGACAAAGACGUGUGACCUGAUUGUGGAGGCUGCAAAGAACGAUGCAAAGCUGAUCUCAUUUCCCGAAUGCUGGAUACCUGGCUACCCUUGCUGGAUUUGGUCGCGGCCGCUUGACGUUGAGCUAAAUGUCGCCUAUGUAAAAAACUCUCUCCGUCUGGGCUCUCCGGAGAUGAAGCAAAUCCAGGAUUGUGCCAAGGCGAAUGCAAUUGCAGUAUCUCUGGGAUUCUCGGAGAAUCACAAUGUGUCUCUCUACAUUGCCCAGGUGAUGAUUGACACUGAUGGAGAAAUCAAGUUCCACCGUCGAAAGAUGAAGCCUACACACAUGGAGCGUACCAUCUUUGGCGAUGCCUCGGGUGAAUGCUUCUCCAGUGUUGCAGAGCUUACUUUUGCUCGAGUUGGUGCCUUGUCUUGCUGGGAACAUAUCCAGCCACUGCUAAAGUACCACACGCUUGCUCAGCAAGAGCAUAUUCAUGUUGCAGCGUGGCCAAGUGUGUUCCCGCAUACCGGAGGACAAGAUCUGUGGUCCAUGUCGGCAGAAGGUUGUCAUAGUUUGUCACAGACAUAUGCCAUAGAGUCUCAGAGUUUCGUCCUUCAUUGCACCGCAGUUCUUGGGCAAGGCGGCAUCGACCAAAUGAGAACCACUGGUGGCGUGCUCAUGUCUUCGCCUGGCGGAGGAAGCUCUGCUAUAUUCGGCCCUGAUGGAAGAAGGCUUACCGAGCCAGUUGAGAGCACCACCGAGAAGAUUAUAUAUGCAGACCUGGCCAUGGACCUAAUUGUAGCCGCCAAAUUGUUUGCGCAUCCAACUGGUCACUACAGCCGCCCAGAUCUCAUGUCACUGAACGUCUGCACUCGGGCGAAGAAAAUGAUUCGCGAGGAAGAGAGUGAAUCAACAGAAAGAGUUAGCCAUAAUCUCAGUGAUGAAAAAUGA